AUGAAGCACCAGCUGGAGUCGGCGGUUGAGGGCGAUGGCACGACGGAGCAGCUGGCGACGUGGAUCGCAGGGCUGCGGGCGCAGGACAUUCCGCCGCGGGUGCUGGAGCGGGCCAAGCACGUCAUCCUCGACGGCAUCGGCUGCGGGCUGGUCGGCGCCCGCGUGCCCUGGUCGGAGCAGUUCCUGCACGCCGUCAGCGCCUACGAGCCGGCCGGCGGCUGCAGCGUCAUCGGCAGCGACACGCGCUUCGGCCCGCUCGCCGCCGCGGUGCUCAACGCUGCCUUCAUCCAGGCCACCGAGCUGGACGACUACCACAGCGACGCGCCGCUGCACUCGGCCAGCAUCGUGCUGCCCGCCCUCCUCGCCGGCGCCCAGACGCAGCCGCCCGGGGCCGUGACCGGACUCGACCUGCUGGUGGCCGCCGUCGCCGGCUUCGAGACGGGGCCGCGCGCCGGGCUCGCCCUCUACGGCUCCGACCUGCUGACCCGCGGCUGGCACUCUGGUCCCGUCUUCGGCUGCCCGGCGGCGGCGGCUGCGGGCGCGCGCCUGUUCGGGCUCGGCGUGCGCGAGACGGAGAGCGCGCUGGGCAUCGGCUGCACGCAGGCGGGCGGGCUGAUGAGCGUGCAGUACGAGGGCAUGAUCAAGCGGGUGCAGCACGGCUUCGCCGCCCGCAACGGCCUGUUCGGCGCGCUGCUGGCCCGCGGCGGCUACGAGGGCAUGCGCAAGGUCUUCGAGCGCCCCUACGGCGGCUUCCUGGCCAUGUUCAGCGCCGGCAACGGCCGCGAUCCCGCCUGGCGCGUGCACGAGGUGGUCAAGGGCCUGGGCGAGACGUGGCACACGGAGCUCAUCCGCAUCAAGCUGCACGCCUGCGUCGGCGGCAGCCACGGCCAGAUCGAGGUGCUCGAGCGCAUGCAGCACGCCCACCCGGACCGCUUCGCCCGCGACCAGCUCGGCCGCAUCCAGAAGAUCGACGUGCUGCUCAGCGAGGCCAUCUACGCCCACGACGGCUGGGUGCCCGAGACCCGCCCGCUCACCGAGACGGGCGCCCAGAUGAACGCCGCCUACAUUGGCGCCCUGCAGCUGGUCGACCGCCAGGUGCUGCUCGAGCAGUUCACCCCCGCCAAGCUCGACGACGACCUGGUCUGGGAGCUCGCCCUCAAGACCGAGUGCUUCCACAGCGACGAGUUCGACCAGCCCAGCCGCCUCGCCGGCUGCCGCAUCCGCAUCCGCUUCGACGACGGCUUCGUCGCCGAGGACUGGACCCCCUGGCCCAAGGGCUACGACCCCCCCAUCUCCAACCAGGACAUCCGCGCCAAGUGGCGCAAGCUGGCCUCCACCGUCAUCGACGCCCAGCGCAUGCAGGACAUCGAGGACCUCGUGCUCAACCUCGACAAGCUCGACGAUAUUUCCAAGCUCGGCGAGCUGCUGACCAAGCCCGUCGGCAAGGCCAUGGGGUGA